AUGGCAGACGCACAAAAAUAUGUAGACAAAUAUUACUCAAAAGAUUCCAAAGGUUUAGAAAUUAGGAACAAAGGUUUGGAAGGAGACUUAAAUUUAUCAGACUUUGUUAAUUUGGAGGAAUUAGAUUGCAGCGAAAACAAAUUAAGUGGUUUGAAAAUUAGUAAUUGUCCAAAAUUAAAAACUAUUCAGUGUAAUGGUAAUAAGUUAACUAAAUUAAAUCUAGUUAAUUGUCCCGAAGUUAGUGAACUAAAAAUUGAUGAUAAUUUGCUUAGCGAUUAUUCAAUUUUUGAUGAUUUGUCCAUUGGACUAAUCCAUUUAGACAUUCGAGAUAAUAAUUUUGAACCCAAGGGUUUGACUUUUCUUAGCAAAUUUACGAGCUUAGAAACACUUAAAUUAGGAAGAAAGAGAAACAACUACAUGGAUAAUUAUAGGGGAAGUAAAACGAAUGCCUUUGGUGGUUCGCUGGAACCUUUGGAAAAAAUGACCAAGUUAAAAGAAUUAAGAAUUAUUAACACCAAUAUUAGUGGAGGUUUAAGGUACUUACCAAAUAGUCUAAAGAAAAUUCGUUGUGGUUUUACACCACUUAGUAACUACGAUUGUCGGAAAAUUUGUGAGGAGUUGAAAGAUUAUAAAAUAGAAGAAUAUGAAUAUGAUUUACAAUCUUGGAGAGAAGCAGACGGUCAAAAUGAGACCACUAUUGAACCGCAGAUAACCAAGGCUGAAAAGGACGAAAUUAGAAAUAUACUAAUAGUUGGGAUAACAGGUAAUGGUAAAUCUGCCUUGGCUAAUACUCUUGUCAACAAAAACGGAAAAUUUGAAAAGGUUUUUGAAGAAGGAGAUUCUAGUGUGAAAUAUCGGGUAAUUGAUAAUGUUGGAUUUGGUGAUAGCGGUAACUUGGCACUUCCAGAUAUUUUGCACACAAUAGGACAAGCCAUUCGUUCUGCUGACGAAAAAAUAAAUCAAGUCCUUUUCGUGUUUAAAGAUAGAUUCACAGACGAGCAAAUAAAAACUUUCAAUCUAUUUAAAGACUUCAUUUCCCAAAGCAGAAUUAUUGAGUUUACUACUAUUAUCAAAACUUCUUUUUCAAAUUUUGACAAAUUAGAUGAGUGCAAGAAUGAUCAAAAAAAUUUACUACACUUAUUCGAACAAAGUAGGGACGAAAAAAAGAAGAAAUUUGGUGAAAUAAUUAAACAAUGUGGAUUUAUACACGUUAAUAACCCUCCCUUACCUAUAAUAAACCUCGAAGUCAAUGACAGCAGUGAGAUAAGGAAAGAUGAGGAGGAAGAAAGAAAAUUAAUUGAUGAUUUUAUGAAGAAGAAAAGAGAAAUAGAAGCAGAAAUAAGUGCUGAAAGUAAUUUAAGAAAGAAAGCAAAUAUGAAAGACGGAUUGAAGGAAGUUGAAAAAAAAUUUGCUGAAGAAAUAAGUAUUCGUUUAGGAUUAAGCCCUAUAACUUUUGAGACAUUUAUCGAAAUAGGGUUGGUUAGUUUAGACGUCAGCAACUGUCCUAACUUAGAAGAAUUAGACUGUCAAAAUAAUCAAAUUAACAGUUUAAAUGUCACUGGUUGCUCCAAUCUUAGAAAAAUUAAUUUUUCUAAUAAUUAUAUUAAAGAAUUAGAUUUAAGUACUUGCACUAAACUGGAAGAAGUAAACAUAAAUAAUUGUCCAGAACUCACAAUAGAUAAAAUAAAAACUGAACUUUAUCACGACGCCAAGAAAGAAAAAGAUUCUAGUACUAGUAUAACUAAAAAUUUUUUAAAGAGUAAUAUUUUCCAAUGGCAGGGCAAAAAAUAUUGUGUAAUUGAUAAUAUUGGUUUUGAUACUAAUAGUAAUCUCACCAAGUCAGAAAUUUUAUACAAAAUAGGGGAGGGUAUUCACUCAGCUAAAGAAGGAAUUAAUCAAAUUCUUUUUGUUUUUAAAGGAAGAUUUUCUCCUGAGCAAAUAGCAGUUUUUAAUUUACUUAAAGACUUUAUCUCUGAAAUUGGCAUUACUAAGUUUACUACUAUUGUGAGAACUAGUUUUACAAAUUUCAGAAACCACCAAAAAUGUGAAGAAGAUAAGUGGGCUUUGCUUAGUAAAAGCAAAGAACUCAGCGAAAUAAUUAAUUCCUGCAAUGGCAUUAUUUAUAUAGACAACCCAUCAAUGCCUGUAGUAGAAGAGGAAGAUAGCGAUAAUGAACUAGAAAUUCGCAUAAAUGAGAAAAAGAGAAAAGAAUCAAGAAAGAUACUGCUAGAUUAUCUAACCGAAAAUUGUCAAGAGAUUUAUAAAUUAAAAGAGUGA